AUGGCAGCGAAGACUCAGUCCCAUCUGCUCGUGGCUGCGUUCGACUUUGGGACCACGUAUAGCGGUUAUGCGUUUUCCUUUCGAAAUGACCCGGUCAAAGUGCAGACCAAUCAGUCUUGGUAUUCCGGAGGAAGACUUGUCUCUCUUAAGACCCCAACAAGUGUGCUUCUAAAUCCCGAGGGCGAGUUUGACUCUUUUGGUUUUGAGGCUGAGGACAGGUAUGCUAGUAAGGCAGAAGAUGACCAGCACCAACAAGGAUGGAGAUUGUUCCGGCAGUUUAAGAUGGUUUUACACAACAACAAGGACCUUUCAAGAGCCACAACUAUUGAAGACAUGGAAGGCAAUUCUCAUCCAGCUUUGCAAAUAUUUUCCAUGGCAAUCAAGUUUCUACAAAAACAUCUAAUAGAUUCGGUUGCAAACCAGGUUGUAGGAAUUCUAGAGAAGGACAUUUUCUACGUCAUCACCGUACCCGCAAUCUGGGAUGACAAUGCCAAGGAGUUCAUGAGAACGGCUGCCGAAGAGGCGGGUCUCGAUGGAACCCGAGUAAAACUUGCACUGGAACCGGAAGCAGCAUCGAUCUGGUGUGAGACGCUCGAUGUUGACACACAGGCUGCGCUGGCCCGGACCGGAACCCAGUAUAUGGCCAUUGACCUUGGAGGGGGAACUGCGGACAUUUCUGUCCACGAGAAAAAGGAUGACGGUACUCUAAAAGAAAUCCAUAAGGCCAGUGGUGGACCCUGGGGUGGCAUUUAUGUUGACGCAAACUUUCUCAAAUUCCUUGAACAUAUAUUCGGGGAAAAAGCUAUAACUGCACUUAAGACGGAGGAGAUGUGUGACUUCUUUGACCUCAUCAGAGAAUUCGAAAUAAAGAAAAGAAGUUUCAAAUCAACGUCGACAGACAAAGUAAUGUUUAAGAUAUCCGCAUCUACAAGAAACCUUUGUAAGAAAUUCACAGGGCAUGAAUACGAAGAAAGACUUGCAACCUCUGAAUAUGGGAAUUUUGUUAUUGUGAAAGGUGGAGACAAGUUGAGAGUUGACCCUGACAUCGUUCGAACUUGGUUUGACGAUCCUAUAGAUAACAUUAUUGGUCACGUGAAGAGCCUUCUAAAGAAGCCCAAGCUGAGUGAGGUGUAUACAAUUGUGCUGGUUGGUGGUUUCGGAGAGAGUACUUACGUCCAGGAGAGGCUGAGGGCUGACAUCACGGACAAGCGUCUGAUUGUUCCUGCUGAGGCGGGUCUCGCUGUGCUGAAAGGGGCCGUCAGGUUUGGACACAGUCCAAUCAUCAUCGCAUCAAGGGUUUUGAAAUACACAUACGGAGUAAGUGUAAAUAGUUAUUAUGACGACAAAAUUCACAGUGAAGAAAAGAAAUAUUUAAACGAAAGGGGGGAAUAUCGUGUCCAUCAAUGCUUCGAUGUGUUCGUUCGUGUGAAUGAAGAUAUUCCCGUUAACCACGAAAUAACCAAGGGAUACGUUCCAAGAGCUUAUUUAACAUAUACAUAUGUCUACCGGACGACAGCAGAGAAUCCCGUGUACGUUACUGAGCCCGGCUGUGAGCUGCUUGGAGAAAUUGAAACAGAGCUGCCCCGGGACAUCCCUCUCUCUGAACUUGAUAACGAUACCACAUUCAUGUUUGGUGGAACGGAGCUUGUUGUAAAAAAGCGUUUUAGAGCAACUGGGCAGGAAGUUAUAUUGAAAACUAAAUUCUUGAACUAA